AUGACAAUAAAAACCCGCACUACCGCGGAUUCUCGUCCGACGGCCAGAGGCUCGCGUCGGCCUCCAACGACAAGACCGUCAAGCCCUAGGGCGCGGCGACAAACGCGUGCCUGCCAACGCUCGAGGGGCACAGCGGCUUCAUCAAGUCCGUCGCCUCCCAAAGGGAAAGCAACAGGCUCCGCAGAUGCCGCAGGCUUUGCAGAGCCUAUACCAAGCGACCCUUGCAUCACCGCGGGAGACCUUAGUACUUACCUUAAAACGUACCGAUGGAAAAAAGAGGUUACAGUAUACCCAAACCCAGUUUCUUUCCCUAGCGCGAAGGACAAGGCCAACUGGCAAGGAGCCCUGCCCGACAUUGGGGAACGCCACACAUUCCAACAAUGGUGGGCCGCGCGAAGAAAGGGAGAGGGCGAACCCCUCUUGGCCCUGUUCAGCGUAUAUCCAAAGUCGCGGCGCCUUACAAAGUCCAAAAUGACGUACAUGGUUAUUAUUUGGGACUGCGAUCCAAGGUUGUACUGGGACCCUAAGACCGGGGCUCAACGACAACUUCAAAACGGAGACAGAUGUUCGUACAUUCUUCAACGCAAUCUUUACAGCAUCGUCCGCGGAUUUGCGAAGACGGCGGAGUUAUUUUACAGCGUCGACACAUCUCGAAGUGGUCAAGACCGAUGCCUCUUUUAUGCUCUGAAGCGGCUCGACGAGUGGUACCAGUUGAAAAAUCAGGAGUUCCAGGGAGAGAGCGACCCCAGGUCACUGGUGGCUCGGAAAAAGGAGUCUCCUCGGAGUGUGGUGCUACGAAGCCAUCUCAUGAACUUGUGCCAGUGUCGUGCCAACAUGGGGUGGGCCUUGCGCGAUCCAUUCUUAAAGGCCAAACCUUUUAAGAAAAAUAUUCCAUCAUACCCUUUUAAGAAUUUGGUUAAAUUUAUGCUUAAAUUGGUCGAGUUAGCAUAA